UCCUCAUAUUUCCCUCUCUCCCUACACAAAAUCUGAACCCAAACCCUAGAGCACUUUUUGAAGCUUCCAAACGCAAAGUUUUUUUGUAUUGGAUCUCUGCUAUGAAGUUGUUCUAGUUUGGAGCUUUUUUGAGGCUGAGUCUUGGAGAUUUGUGCAAUGGCGGAGGAAGAGAUCGAGCUGGAUUUAGGGUUGUCGAUCGGAGGGACUUUCGGGAAGCCGGAGAAGCUUAAACCGGUGAAGAAAGUUUAUGCUCUGACGGCUGAUUCGGAAUCCAACGGCUUUGAUGUGUACGUGAAUGCUAGAGAUGGAGAGCAUGUGGAUCCGCUGGCGAAGCGGGAGAUGCACGCGCUGCGGAGGCAAGAGGCGAAGAGGAAGAGAGAAGAGAAGCAGGAGAUGAAGAGGGGCACGUGUAGGGCCAAGAACGGCGAGUACGGGAGCGAGUGGGGAAUGGAGGAGGAGCCGGCGGCGCGUAAGAGAGAGAGGACAGAUGAGCAAAUGCAAAUGCAGCGUCAACACAACGGUGACGUUGUGAAUCCAGUGCCGUUUCCGGCUGUGGCAGCGGCGGUGCAGCAGUAUCCAUACGCGCCGGUGCAGUACGUGCCGUUCACGAACGGGGGGUUGGGGGGGUUUCCGUGCGUGAUGCCGUGUUGGGUGCCUGGUGACGGCGCUUUUGAGCCGUCCACGUGGCGGGGUUUCAAGCCGUACAAAGGAAAUCAGAGCCUGGGGUUUAACCUGUCCAGCGGGUGCGAGAAAGGCGAGAAAGAUGGUGUGAGUGGGGAAACGACGUCGUAUGGAUCGCCAAUCUGCGGUUCCUCGGCCGGUUCGGAGGACCAUAGCUCCUCUCAUGAAGGUGGUGGCAGCAGUGACUCCAGAAGCCGUUCAUGUCCCUCCUUGCUGGUGCAACCUCAAUCGAAUGGUCACAAAGCAAAUGAUCAUAGCAAGGGCCAUUCAGAAAACAGUGCUUCCUCUGAGCCUGUAGAAUCCGAUCAUGGCAAUAAAGUGCGUCAAUCGAAUAAUACUCGACCUGAAGAAGAACGAACCGAAGCAAAACCAAAGCCAAGUGAUUCAACGCCUGGUCCAGCGAAGGAAACCAAGAUAGACAUGGGAAAGCCUCCCAAACCCCAGACUCAGAACCAAAAUACUCCUCCUCCUCCACUUCCUCAAAUGCCGUAUGUAUCGACGACCGGGAACGGCCCGAACGGGAAAACCGUUACCGGGUUCUUGUACAGAUAUUCAAAGUCGGAGGUUAGUAUUGUUUGUGUCUGCCAUGGAAGCACAUUCUCACCAGCUGAGUUCGUGCAGCAUGCUGGGGGCACGGAUGUCUCCCACCCUUUGAGAAAUAUUACCGUUAUUCCUUCUGCUUUUGGAUGAUGCCACUGAAUCUGAUAAUUUUUUUUUU